AUGGAUUUGACCGCUGCUAGUCCGCGGAAUACCUUGCCACCUCAACUUGGUAGCACUACAAGUGGCGAAAACGAUGUUACGGAUAAAUUGUAUCCAUCGGAUCGCACAACGACUAUGGAUGAUAUUGCUCUUAGGAAUGCGUAUUUUUUUGCUAUGAUUGCUGGCUGUACAUUGCUUGGUGUUAUUGCUAUUAUUGCAAUCGUUUACUGCUGGUUUAAGUCAAAGGAAGAUAAGGAAAAUCGACAUACACUAAAGUACCAAAAGAUAACUCAAAAAGAUUCAUCUAAACUUAAACGGGACCAAUUCGAUGAUACGGACUCUGGUCUAGCUGAAAGUGCUCAAGUUUUUCAUUAUCAUCAUCAAAAAAAGCAAUUAGAGUCAAUGGAUAGAACGAAGGAUAUUGACUCCUUGGAUAUUGGUAUGCCAGUAAGUGAAGAUGAUGUUGAUGACAACGGCGAUGAAACGGAAAAUGAAGAUGAUUUUACGAUGUAUGAAUGUCCUGGUUUAGGAUCGAAUGGAGACGUCGAAGUUACCAACCCUUUAUUUGAAGGAGAACUUACGCAUCAUCAACAGUUGGAAAUGAACGAUUUAAAUGCUCACCCAAUUAAUGUUGAACAAUGA